AUGGCGGGAGACGAGCCCUUACUGGCUCCACGCCGCCCUUCCUCCGACCGCUCCUCCAUCCGAAACGCCGAAGAAGAAGAUGCCCUCCUGACUGGAGAGCGAACGGCUCGCCAACCAAGCCGGGGAUGGGGUUUCUGGGGACAAGUCGGGACAUUUGCCUGGGCUAUUAUCGCAACAAUCUUGGUGAUCGUUCUGGCCGUGGUCUACCAACAUGAAACUGCUCAGAACCGACGUGCUCCUUCGAAGGAUGUCUGGGGCCCUGGCGGCAAGCCGACUGGCAAGCGCAAUCUGAUCUUCAUGGUAUCCGACGGCAUGGGACCUACCAGUCUAUCGAUGACAAGAAGCUUCCGCCAGUUGACAGAGGGUCUACCUAUCGACGAUAUCUUGGUCUUGGACAAGCACCACAUUGGCCAGUCCCGGACACGGUCUAGCAACAGCCUGGUGACAGACUCAGCGGCCGGUGCAACGGCAUUCUCCUGCGCGCAUAAGAGCUACAACGGAGCCAUCUCAGUGCUCCCCGAUCACUCUCCCUGCGGUACUGUGCUUGAGGCCGCUAAGCUGGCGGGCUAUCACACGGGCCUGGUUGUCACGACCCGUAUCACGGAUGCGACUCCGGCGUGCUUUGCCUCGCAUGCCAAUCUGCGUCAAUACGAGGAUAGCAUUGCGGAGCAGGAAGCUGGUGAGCACCCGCUGGGUCGGGUUGUUGACUUGAUUCUGGGUGGUGGACGAUGCCAUUUCCUGCCCAAUUCCACAGAGGGUAGCUGCCGUGGCGAUGACCGAGACAUUGUUGAAAUUGCGUCCCAAAAUGGAUUCCAUUACUUGCAGGACCGCGCUGCUUUUGAUGCUCUCAACGGUGGUACCGAAGCCAAGCUUCCUCUGAUGGGUCUUUUCGCCGAGAAGGACAUUCCUUUUGAAAUCGAUCGCCGCUCGCAGAAUGAUGUUUAUCCUUCUUUGGAGGAGAUGGCUCGCACUGCUUUGACUACGCUUAGCGAGGCCACUCGGGAUAGUGAGCAAGGCUUUUUCCUCAUGAUCGAGGGUUCUCGUAUUGACCAUGCUGGCCAUGGCAAUGACCCUGCUGCGCAGGUUCACGAGGUCAUCGCCUUCGACAAGGCUUUUGCUGCCGUGCUUGAGUUCCUUGAGAAGGAUGAGACGCCUGGUGUGCUUGUUAGCACGUCUGACCAUGAGACCGGUGGUCUGGCUGCUGCUCGCCAGCUUCACACUAGCUACCCCGAGUAUCUCUGGUUGCCCCGUGUCUUGGCCAAUGCCGAACACUCCAGCGAGUAUGUCGCUGCCAAGCUGAGCAGUCACCUCGCGGAAGCUGGCAAGCAUGAUGAUGACUCGAAGAACAAGGCGUACAUACGCAAGACCCUGCUGGAGAAGGACCUUGGCAUCACCGAUGCUACCGAUGAGGAGGUCAAUUCCUUGCUUCACCCCGAGGCCGGCGUGUCUCCCCAGUACUUCUUCGCAGACAUGAUCAGCCGCCGUGCGCAGAUUGGCUGGUCCACUCACGGACACUCUGCUGCCGACGUCAACAUCUACGCAUCAUCCAGCAAGGAUGCCUGGCCCUUGGUUGGCAACAAUGAGAACACCGACGUCGGUGCCUUCCUAGCCAACUACCUCGACCUCGACGUCGACGCCGUCACCAAGCGCCUCCAAUCAGCCGCCUACUGGACCGUCUCCGGCGAGGAGUCCACCACACAAGCCAAGUACAACUGGAUGGGCAAUCCGCUCGGCUCAACCGUUCGGACCGAGGGUCUUGACACGUACCAUGGUGAUUUCAAGAAACGAUCCCUCGAUGAUUGUGGCUGUGGUGCAGUCCACUAA